AAGCUACAUAUGUACAAAUUAACUAGUUCCUUAUGUUCUCAUCGCCACGUAGUAUUAUAAAAAAAAAUCGAGAAUUAAUAGUGAUUUUAUAAUGAAUAAAAUAUUUACUCUAACAGUUAUAUCAGUAUUCCCAAUAAUUAAGAAACAUUGAAUAUAUUUGUUUCAUUUACUGUAACGUCAUAUAUCCGCUUAUCAAAAUUACUUUACGGCACAAAUCUGAGAAACACAAAUGCGUGAAAUGAGUGACAAAAUAUUACCAUGUUUUGUAUCUGGUACAGUGGUUCGAGGUUUUGGUAGAGGCUCAAAAGCAUUAGGCAUUCCUACAGCAAACUUUUCAGAAAGCGUUGUUAAUUCAUUACCUAAAAAUUUUGAUACUGGUAUAUAUUAUGGUUGGGGUGCUUUAGAUGGAAAGAUAUAUAAAAUGGUUGCAAGUGUUGGAUGGAAUCCAUUUUAUAAAAAUGAGAAAAAAGCAUUUGAAGUUCAUAUAUUAGAAAUAUUUCCAAAUGAUUUUUAUGACAAGGAACUUAAAGUGAUUGUUACUGGUUAUAUACGAAAAGAAAGAGAUUUUGCAUCAAUAGAUGAAUUGAUAAAAGAAAUAAAGAAUGAUAUUAUGAUUGCUGAGAAAGAAUUAGACAAACCUAAUAUGUUGAAUUACAAAUAUGAUACUUUUUUAACAAGUUGACCAAUUUUAUUUUAUUAUAACAAUGUCUUUCAACAAUUAAUUUUUACAAAUAUACUUAUUGUGAAAGUUAUAUUCUUUAUCCAAUUCUUAUGUUCAAAAUGUAUUAAUAUAUUUUAUUCAUUAUCAAUUUUAAGAUUAUAAAAUUGUAUAGAAAAAAUUACAAAAUAUUAUGUUAAGCUAAUAAGAUGAAAUAUUUGAAUACAUUGAAUAAUUUGAGAUUAAUGUAUGAAUACAUUAUAUUUAAUAUACAUAAAACAUAAAAUUGUAUAUAAAUAUUUAUACAAAGUAAAGAAAUUUUAUUAAUAUUAACAUUUAACAAAAAAUAUAUGUAAGAUUUGAAAUAUUUUUUAUUUAUAGUUUUAUUAUUUUAAUUUGAUACCAAUACAUUGUUAUUGUGAGGUAUCAUGGUUUUGUUCAUCAAACAUUUGUAUCAUGGAAGAUGGAGGUGGAGGUGGAGGUGGUGGAGGUAAAAAGGAUAAAGGUGAAGUCACAUAUGAAGUUUGUGAUUGCCAAUACAUAUCUGUACGUGGAAAUCUUAAAUUUGGAGCUGGAAAUGUAUUAUGUCUAUUAACAUUUGCUGAUGUAGCAGAUUGAAACCUAGGAAGCAUUCCAAAAGAAAUCUUAGGAUUUGGUAUUGAUGGUUCAUUUCUGUUUACAUUAAUACAUUGAGGGCUAAUAUUAUACUUGUUGGAAUUUUGAUUUGUAUUGCUAGUUGGCAAGUUAUUUGAAUAUGGCAUAUAUCCAUAAAGUCCACUAUGCGUUGAAUGCAUUUGUUGAAAAUUAGUCGGAUAAUUUAAAUUAUUAAAAUAUGGAAACGAUGUCCAUGGUGAACUAUAUGAAUUAGAUGUACCAGAACUAUCAUUAUUUCUAACCUGAGAUUUCCUUCCUUUAAAAUUUUGUCCUAUAUUUCUGUUCCAAGGAUGAUUGGACUGCCAACUCGAUGCUAAAAGUAAAAAG